GACAUCGAACACCUCUCUCGCCUAGACGAGUAAUGACUGUAAUACCGCCUGCAACAAGCGGCUUGAUUAAAGAGGCUCCUGGAGCGCGAUGGCCGGCGAUGGCGCGAUGUUUAUACGUGGAGUGGAGUCCUCGACCGUUCAAAUUCAAGGCAGGGUUCGCGGCACACGGCGAGAGGCUGCCCAGCUAGAGGAGCACGUCCGAGGUCGCGCCGGGCGGACGGACGGGCUAGCAUCGAACCGCAAGGAUCAACACCUCGAUAAUUUCAGACUCUCGGCGGAGCGCGCCAUCUGCCGCUGCCGGUUCACGUUCAUAGGCCAGUCACUACUGGCGGUCGCCCAUGCCUUUCCUUAUGCAGCGGCCCCGAACGGCCCCAUGGGGAUGUAACACCUGCUGCUGCAAUUGCGAGGCGCGUCGGCGGCGGCCCUGUGGUGCCCCAAGGCGGCGCUGAGGGACGGCCGCCUGGAGCCCGUGCUCAGGCGCAUCGUGGAGGACGGCCCCCGCGCGUGGGGCGACUCUGGCGUCCCGGAGAACACCCCGCCGCCAUGGCUGGACCGAAGGCGGCUGGAGGCCGGCCGGGCCUUCGUGCUCAAGUACCCCGUGUCCAUCGUGUUCGGGCACGUGCACUCGCUGUACCUGCUGCUCGCGGUGCAGCCCGUGCUCGACGUGCUCGUCUACACCGGCAACUCCAACACCCCCGACAGGGCGUUCCUCAGGUUGCGUGGUUGAAAAUAUCCCAUGUGCCGGGCAUUUCCGCGAGCACAGGUACCUGGACACGGUCAAAGGCGUCGGCGCGUGGUACACGUCCGACAUCUUCGCGCCGGGCACCUUCGGCCACGAGGAGCUGAAGCGCGUCCGGUCACUGCACAACCUGGUGCGGAUGGACAUGGCGGAGCGGCCGCAGGAGGGCGUGCGCAACAGGACCCGCCUCGGCGGUGACUUUUCGGGCUGCCCCAUCAGCGCCGCCGUGCGCCGCGACCUGGGCCGCCGGGUGAGCGCCGCGUGCCCCGGGGAGGACACCGACGGCAUCGGGGAGAAGCACCGUGGUCCGCCAAGAGGCGUGUGGAUGAGUCAGUACGACAUGUCACUGACGCAGUGGGCGUUCAUCGGCCCCGUACUCCAGUUCCCCGAGCAGUACGGCAUCGGCAACGCCACCCGGGAGGAACUCGACGGCUUCGUGCACCUCUGGGAGGUGUUCGGCUACGCCCUGGGCAUCGACGACAGGUUCAACUUCUGCCAGGGCGGUCUGGAGGCCACCCUGCGGCGCGCGCGCGAGACGCUGUCCACCAUCGUGCUGCCCGGGCUGCGGGGCGCGCAGCCGCCCUGGGAGUACAUGACGCGCUGCAUGGCGGACGGGCUGGGCUACCUCUUGCCGGGCAUCGGCUUCGAGUCGCAGCUCGCCACCCUGCUGGCCGUCACCCUGGACAGCCCCACGCCCGCCCUGGACGCGCGGCUGGGCCGGGCGCAGCGCGAGGCCGUCGCCGGCUACCGCGGCAUCAUGCGCGACCUGCGCCAGGACCGCGACGGCGCCCUGUGGUGGCCGUUCAGGACUUACUUUAAGCAGUUCUUCACUGUGCUACGAUCCGUGAAUGAGGAGGAGGUGAAGCGGAUACGCCACCGGCCGCCACACCACUCCAGGGGCUGCUCCCCGGAGCUGCAGCCCUAGUUGGACCGCGGCCACCACACGUCGGGACUCAGACCGCCUCCUUGGAGAAGAGCAGCCUCAAGAUGCUCCAGAUGGAAUCACCGUGCUCGUAUCGCCAACGCGUAUCUUCUUCCCGCGGAUCGGAUUGGACGGGAUCGUCCGAACGAUAUCGGAGCAGUCAAUGCUGACGGCUGUUUACAUCAGCGGAGGAAAACUCGUUACAUCCAAGAAAUCCCCUUGUAACAGUUGUGUAUCAACAGGAGGUCUACAAUUUCGUCGUUCGGGGUGAGAAGUCGGGUUGGGGGAGGGGGGCUGGAGUCACGUGGGAUGCCGCCAAAGGCGGAAUAAAGCGGGACACCGUGUCGCCAGGAUCGCAUCACAUGGACUUCACGAACACGACGGGUCAUACGGCACGGCGGAGUCGUGUUUGGUUGUACAACAAUUAUAUUACGGGCGAUUACGGGUCAUUA